GGAGGCUCCGCCGCGCCCGCCGCCGCCGCACGAUGCCGGGGCCCCGCGGGCUGUGCCUGCUCGCCCUGCUGCUGGGCGGCCCCGCGGCCCCGCGCCCAGACGGCAGGCCGGAGGCAGCGCUGCUCCCCGCGAGCCCUGACCCCUCGGGCGCGGAGCAGCCGGCGGACGAGGCGGUGGGCAGCGCCGGGGGGCCGGGGCACGGCGCAGCCCUCAACCUGCUGCCCCCGGCGGAGGACGGCGCUGAGCCGGCGGCAGAGGGACCCACGCUGCCCACGCGGAGCCACGUCCCCCCGGCACCCGCUGCCGCCCCUGGGGCUGAUGCAAAACAAGCCGUCAAGAAAAAGCUGCCGGCUCCAAAGCAAGCGAACGCAGCCAGGAAGCACCUGAAGCCCAAGCCCACCCUGCCGGGGCCCCCCAAGGCUGUGAGCGUGCCAGGCUCCAGGCUCCCCGUCUCCUCCCAGGAGCCGCCCGUGCCGGCAGAGGCAGCGGCUGGGGGGGACACACCGAGGCCGAGCCCUCCCGAGCUGCCCUGGGGGGGCCGGGACCCGACCAGCCGCCCCGUGCUGCAGAUCUCCCCGUCCACCCUGCCGCCGGCGGCCGCUCGUCCCUUCCCCAGCGGCCCCGGUGAUGCCAGCACGGCCCCGACCGCGGCUCCCACGGGGGCUGCUGUUAACCGCACGGACAGCGCGGAGAGCGAGGGGAACGGCUCCACGCUGGAGGAGAGCCAAGAAACCACCACCUCCACCAUCAUCACCACCACCGUCAUAACCACGGAGCCCACCCCGGUCCGCUGCAGCGUGAGCUUCUACGACCCCGAGGGCUACAUCGACUCCACCGACUACCCCCCGCUGCCCCUGCACAGCUACCUGGAGUGCACCUACAAUGUCACCGUCUACACGGGCUACGGCGUGGAGCUGCAGGUGAAGAGCGUGAACCUGUCGGACGGCGAGGUGCUCUCCAUCCGCGGCGUGGACGACGACAGCCUGGUGGUGCUGGCCAACCAGACGCUGCUGGUGGAGGGCCAGGUGAUCCGCAGCCCCACCAACACCAUCUCCGUCUACUUCCGCACCUUCCAGGACGAGGCGGUGGGCACCUUCCAGCUCCACUACCAGGUGUUCAUGCUGAGCUGCAGCUUUCCACGGAGACCCGACUUCGGAGAGGUCACCGUCAUGGACCUGCACUCGGGGGGGAUCGCCCACUUUCACUGCCACCUGGGCUACGAGCUGCAGGGCCCCAAGGUGCUCACGUGCAUCAACGCCUCUCGGCCUCACUGGAGCAGCCCAGAACCGAUCUGCUCAGCGCCCUGCGGCGGCACCGUGCACAACGCCACCAUCGGCCGCGUCCUCUCGCCCAGCUACACGGGCAACCAGUCGAGCAGCAUGUACUGCGUGUGGACCAUCGGGGCCCCCCCGGGCCAGAAGCUGCACCUGCACUUCGAGAAGCUGCUGCUGACCGAGAAGGACAGGAUGGUGGUGUACAGCGGGGACUCCAACCGCUCCGCCGUGCUCUACGACUCCCUGCGAGCCGACAGCGUGCCCUUCGAAGGGGUGAUCAGCGACGGCUCCUCCAUCCGGAUCGACUUCCUCGCCGAGGAGCCCGCCGCCGCCACCGCCUUCAACAUCCGCUUCGAAGCCUUCGAGCGGGGCCACUGCUACGAGCCCUACAUUCAGAACGGGAACUUCACCACCUCCGACCCCACCUACAACCUGGGCACCACCGUGGAGUUCACGUGCGACCCCGGGCACUCCCUGGAGCAGGGCCCCGCCGUCAUCGAGUGUGUCAACAUGCGGGACCCCUACUGGAACGACACGGAGCCGCUGUGCCGCGCCAUGUGCGGGGGGGAGCUGACGGCCGUGGCCGGGGUGAUCCUGUCCCCCAACUGGCCGGAGCCCUACGCAGAGGGAGAGGACUGCAUCUGGAGGGUGCACGUGGGCGAGGAGAAGCGGCUGUUCCUGGACAUCCAGCUCCUGAACCUCACCAACAGCGACAUCCUCACCAUUUACGACGGGGACGAGCUCACCGCCCGCAUCCUGGGGCAGUACGUCGGCAGCAGCGGCCCCCAGAAGCUCUACUCGUCCAGCCCCGACCUCACCAUCCAGUUCCACUCGGACCCCGCUGGGCUCAUCUUCGGGAAGGGGCAAGGAUUCAUCAUGAACUACAUAGAGGUGUCCCGCAACGACUCCUGCUCCGACCUGCCCGAGAUCCAGAACGGCUGGAAGACCACGUCGCACACGGAGCUGGUGCGAGGGGCCAAGAUCACCUACCAGUGUGACCCGGGGUACGACAUCGUGGGGAGCGACACCCUCACCUGCCAGUGGGACCUCAGCUGGAGCAGCGACCCCCCCUUCUGCGAAAAGAUUAUGUACUGCACGGACCCGGGGGAGGUGGAGCACUCGACCCGCCUCAUCUCCGACCCGGUGCUGCUGGUGGGGACCACCAUCCAGUACACCUGCAACCCCGGCUUCGUGCUGGAGGGCAGCUCGCUGCUGACCUGCUACAGCCGCGAGACGGGGACGCCCAUCUGGACCUCGCGGCUCCCGCACUGUGUCUCCGAGGAGUCGCUGGCGUGCGACAACCCGGGACUGCCAGAAAACGGCUACCAAAUACUCUACAAACGCCUCUACCUGCCCGGCGAGUCCCUGACCUUCAUGUGCUACGAGGGCUUCGAGCUCAUGGGGGAGGUCACCAUCAAGUGCAUCCUGGGCCAGCCGUCGCACUGGAGCGGCCCCCUGCCCAUCUGCAAAGUGAACCAGGACAGCUUUGAGCACGCUCUGGAAGUAGCAGAAGCUGCUGCGGAGACAUCGCUCGAGGGGGGAAACAUGGCCUUAGCCAUCUUCAUCCCGGUGCUGAUCAUCUCCCUGCUGCUGGGGGGAGCGUACAUCUACGUCACCAGGUGCCGGUACUACUCCAGCCUCCGCCUGCCCCUCAUGUACUCGCACCCCUACAGCCAGAUCACGGUAGAAACGGAGUUCGACAACCCGAUCUAUGAGACAGGGGAAACCAGAGAAUACGAAGUUUCGAUAUAAAGACAGCGCUACGAGAGUCUCCAGCUGCGAACUUAAUGUGCUCUCAUAGAACUUCCUCAGUAACUAAUCCAGAGACUACGUGGAGUUUGGUUGGACCCCUGGACCUGCUGUUGUCUUUCCUUUUGCCUCUUUAUUGAAGAUUUUACUGUUUUCUUCACUGUAUUUAUUCUAUUUAAACUGCGAUAGGUGUGCUGCAGAGCCCCGGGGUCUGCCUGGACCCCGGUGCAGGCAGCAGCGGCAGAGGGGGCCGAGCCCCGUGCGCCGCACCCCCCCGCACCGGCCAUGCACGCACAGAGGGGUUUUGCAGUACUUUUGUUGUUAAAAAUUAAAAACGUCUCCAUUGCAAGAGCCUGCAAUUGAUUGCUCAGAGCCGUCUUAGGCGCAGGGUUUGCCGCAGGGUCCCGCCGGCCCCGUCCCAUGCCCCCUGUGGCAGUGGGCACCGGGCGAGGGGACCGUCCCCGUGCCGGGGAGCGGGACACGUCUCAGGAAAGCAUCCAGGUGUGGAGCCCCGCUCACAACACCUGGGGAGCAGGGCACAGCCCGGCACCUGCGGGGGACAUGCCGCUUCCAUCUGCCCGUUCGCUUUGGAUGACGGAGAGGACACGAGCAGGACUCACAGCUCUGCAGAGAAGCACCAGCCCGCAGCCUCUCCACCGCCCGGCCCAGCUCCUCCGGGAGCUGCAGGAGCGCUCCCCGGGCACCAGAGCUCCUCUGCUCCCUGCUUCUCGUCAGAAACACUGCGUGGCCAUCACCAGGAAAGCCCAAGCCCGGCUGCAGGCUGCAGUUGGCCCUUCGCCCCGCGGCAGUAUCUCAGGGUAAGCACGACGGACCGGGCUCCCCACCGCCGCCCCCACGAGGGGCAGAGGGGCCGCUGCCUGCCCCGGGGUGCGGGCACGGCGCUGGGCAGCGAUGGGGCAGCAGCUGAGCCUCCGUGCCUCCACGCCCCUCCCGGAGCUCUGCCACGAUGCCCUCGAGGUUCGCACUUGGCUCCCGGGCUGGCAGGGGCGCAGAGCCCGGGCGAGGGAAAGAGGCAGGGGGUGGAGGUGGAGGUCCGCUGGAGGAAGAAAGCAGGCAGCAGGGCUGGGCUCCGGCACGGGAAACCAACCCGGGGGCAGAGGGGGCAGAAUCAGCCCCCCGGCACCACUCUGACCGUGGAUGAACCCUGCAACAGCCGCUCUUGGGGCCUCAGCAUCCCCGCGCUCCGUCACUGCAGACACGGGGGCGUUUGCCCCAGCCAGAGCUGGGUGUCCCCGGCACAUCCUGGGCUGCCGGUGUCUUUUUUUUGUCCUUGUAGAACAGCAACUGUGACCGCGACAGUGUUCGGGAGUCUGUUUUAGGCUAGGGAUGGUUAGUGCAUCUCUGCAGUGUACAGCCGAGACUUAGUUUUUUUCCUUUAAAAACGAUGAAUGUGUGUUUGUAAUUUGUAAAGGUUAAAAAAAAAAAAGAAAAACAACAAAAAAAAAUGUGCCAAAAAUGUACUAAGCAUUUCAUUUCCCUUCAUACAUGUCUGUUUUUAUAA